ACAGGGAUUUGAUUUUCUUUACAGCCUAGGAAAGCAUUGAUGGUCCAAUUUCUAAAGUAGUUUCUAUCUAUCUUUCUCGUUAAGUCUUGGUCGUCCUCCCAUUCUCGCACUGUACUCACCUUCCGGCCGGCAAAUCCAGCGGCUGAUUUCAAGUGAUGAUCGAUGAUCAGACGGUGACUAUCAUUUUGCUGUGAUCUAAUUAAUAUGGAACGCAGUUCAGAUGGAAAGUUGAAGAUCAAGAAACAAAUUAUCUUCGGAUCCUGGGGUAGUGGAAGAGAAGAUGAAGAAAGUUCAGGGGAACUGUGCCCUAUCUUUGAUCAUUACCGGAAGCCCAGUAAUGAAGGUAACAUCCGUUUAUUUUCAAAGCCGAGAAAACCAGAACCUAUACUUCCUGUUGUAAAUCCUGUAGUAUCAACCAGAAAUCAUAGGUUUUUGGCAAUCCAAGAGAUUUCUUCUCCUAGUUCAGAUUCAUCUUCGGACUCGAUCCCAGGCGCCACGUAUGUCCCCCCUUCAGAUUUGGAGUGGCAGUGGAAUUACUCAGACAGAGAAAUUGAAUCCCCUCCUCCAGAUUUAGUGGGGCAGUGGGACUGCACAAACUCAGAAAAUGAAGUGUAUGCUAAUGAUGGAUGGCAGGAUAUUUCUUCUCCUAGUUCAGACUCAUUUUCGGGCUGGAGCCGAGGCGAGAUGUAUGUCCGCCUUGCAGAUUCGGGGUGGCAGACGAAUUACUCAGACAUAGAAAUUGAAUCCCCUCCUCCAGAUUUAGUGUUGCAGAGGGACUACUCAAACUCAGAAGAUGAAGUUUAUGCUAAUGCUGCAUGGCCGCAAAAUCCGCCAGUUCCUUCUGCAAUCUGGACAGAGUCCUUUGAAGAUGAAGACUCAAACUACAUUCAACAGCUGGAUGUGAUCAUUGAUGCCUUUAAUAGCUCUCUUUCCUACAAAAAGGUAUUUGACAUGGUGGAUUCCGCUGUUUUUAUCGAAGACGAGAAAAAUCAGCUUGGCCCGAGUGAAUCCGGAGAGAAAGUUGAGGAAGAGAGGGUGAUAAAGUGUUUGGUGGCAAAAGGGAAAUGGAUAAAGCAUUAUAAUAGUUACCACGGGAUACUGCUUGUGGGUGAAGGAGACUUCUCUUUCUCUGCUAGUUUGGCUGUGGCUUUUGGUUCUGCCUCCAACAUGAUUGCAACUUCUCUUGAUUCUGUUGAUUUUCUGGAGGAAAAUUAUAAGCGUGCAAUGUCCAACAUUCAUGAGCUUAGGAGUAGGAAGUGCAUUGUAAUGCAUGGGAUUGAUGCUACAGAAGUUGCAAGUCAUCGCUUGCUUGGAGGAAUGACAUUUGAUCGGAUAAUUUUCAACUUUCCGUUUGCUGGAUUUUUCAAGGACUUACCUCGCGAGGCUCAAAUAAGAAAGCACAGAAGACUUGUGAAUUUGUUUCUUCAGAAUGCUAAAGAAAUGAUUGGUGAAAAUGGUGAAAUUCACAUUACCCACAAAACCAAUGGUUUUCAUAAAGAAUGGAUGUUAGAAACAAUGGCUUCUUUCCACAGGCUUAGGCUCAUUGAGGCUGUGGAAUUCGAUCUGUCUGAUUAUGAAGGUUACAACACCAAGUGUGGAUUUGGAGGUGACAAUAAUUUCAAUUGUUACCCUAGCAAAACCUACAAGUUUGGUCUUUAAAGUGCACUUCGCCUUUUAAGUUAGUCACUUGCUAUGGUGAUGAAAAAAAAAAAAAAAAAAAAACCAUCGAUAUUGGUAUGUAAAUAUUAUUUCCAUAUUUUGUGAGUGUACUUUAAACACUGGGACAACGUUUGAAUUUGGUGUGGUCUUCUUCUAA